GGCCAAAUUGGUUCAGGAAAUGUCGCCUUCAGGUUCCUCCUCACUUCCUCAGCCAGCUUACAGGUGAAGCACUCCACUACUCCAGUUAUUGCCUGGCCUGGCCUGCCAGAUUGAAGGAGAAAGGCAAGGCUUAGUAGAGGAAGCAGAGCUCCGAUUUGUGCAUUCCAAUGGCUGCUGGCACCUGGGUGAAGCUAGAGCAGAAGGGAGAUGGGCCGGGAGCAAGAAGCUCCCACGCCAUCACCCUCGUCGGCGACACGGCCUACGCGUUCGGCGGUGAGUUCACCCCUCGCGUGCCGGUGGACAACGCCAUGUACGCCUUCGACCUCAAGUCGCAGUGCUGGUCGUCCCUUGACGCCGCCGGGGACGUGCCGCCCCCGCGCGUCGGCGUCAGCAUGGCGUCCGUCGGCGCCACCGUGUACAUGUUCGGCGGCCGCGACCAGGACCACAAGGAGCUCAACGAGCUGUACUCCUUCCACACGGAGACCGGCACGUGGACGCUGCUGUCCUCCGGCGCCGGCGAAGGCCCACCGCACCGGAGCUACCACUCCAUGGUGGCGGACGCGGAGGGCGGGAAGGUGUACGUCUUCGGGGGGUGCGGCGACGCCGGCCGCCUCAACGACCUGUGGGCCUACGAUGUCGCCGCCGGGAAGUGGGAAGCGCUUCCGUCGCCGGGCGAGGCGUGCAAGCCGCGCGGAGGUCCCGGGCUGGCCGUUGCCGGCGGGAAGGUGUGGGUGGUGUACGGCUUCUCCGGCGAGGAGCUCGACGACGUGCACUGCUACGACCCGGCCACCGGAGCGUGGUCCACGGUCGAAACCACAGGUGGCACCGACAAGCCGUCCCCGCGCAGCGUGUUCUGCGCCGCCGGGAUAGGCAAGCAUGUGGUGGUGUUCGGCGGCGAGGUGGACCCGAGCGACCUCGGCCACCUCGGCGCCGGCAAGUUCUCCGCCGAGGCGUUCGCGCUGGACACGGAGACGGGCGCUUGGGCAAGGCUGGACGACGCGUCCGAGCACCACCCGGGGCCGAGGGGAUGGUGCGCGUUCUCGGCGGGGGAGGUCGGCGGCCGGCGAGGGCUGCUGGUCUACGGCGGCAACUCGUCGACGAACGACCGGCUCGACGACAUCUACUUCUUCACUCCGCCGCUAGCUCCUUGAAGCUAGCGAGCGCGCCAAUUGGUCAUGCAGGUGUACGUGUACUGUUUCUGCUUGCUUCUGCCAUCAUGAGCUUGUGUCGUGUAUGUGUGUGCGCUUGUCAAUAUGCUGCUGCAUCUCUUGUUGGUGUUGGUAUUGCUGUCCUGUCUUAUCUUGUGCUUGUGUUUGUUUGUGCAGUUGAACAAUAAUGAGAUGGAUUGGUGCUUGAAAUGCCUGAUUUCCAAA